AUGAGGCUGGAAAAGACACUUGAGAGGAAAAAGUCGGCAAACGGCCAAGUUGGGAGACGAUGAUUCUCUUGGGGCUUUUUGCUUCUCGCUUUGCUCUUAAUCGGAAAGCACUCCCUCUUGUAUUGUGAACGAGUCUCGUGGUCCGUCAUUAGUAGUGCUACUUACUAUGUUUUGACUGUUGUUGUUCCUGAGCUUUAGCAAACAUCAUAAAAUCAUUUGGAGGUGCCAUUUCUCAUCGUUAUCAUGGGUCGGCGACAAUCCAAGCAACUGAUGAUGUUCGGGGCGUUCAUGAUCUUCAUGGCAUUACUCCUGAUUAUGCUCACCAAGAUCAGUUGCAACUUGUCUGACCAUGCCCGUUGUUGGUGAAUCGAUUUUUGUACGAAUAACUUUGCUUGACAAGCCAUGGCCGCGCAUCCUCCAAGACAUCCGCCCCAAAUAUUCAAUGAGUAUGGCGAACCCAUUGAAGCACCUCCAGCGCCCACCAAAGGCCAAAAGUUGCUCAAGGUCUUGGGGUCGAUUUGUAGCUUCUUAUUUUCACACAUCGGAUUGCUAUCGUUGGUGGUGGGAUAUUGCUUUUUGGGCGCUUUCAUCUUCGAAGAGUUGGAACGCUACAAUGAGAUCGAAGUCAAACGAAACAUGACUAGAACCAGGGAGGCGGUCACCGAAUCCUUGUGGCAUAUCACAAGAAACAUGCAAGUAUUAAGGCAAGAUAAUUGGACGGCCGAGGUUGUGAAUGAGUUGAGGACUUUUGAGAAGAAUCUCAUCAUUGCAUUGAAGGAAAGGGGAUGGGAUGGUAGUGAGGACGAAUCCCAAGUGAAUUGGACGUUUGCCGGAUCCCUCUUUUAUUCCAUAACUGUGAUUACCACAAUAGGCUACGGUCAUAUCGCACCCAAGACCGCCGUGGCGAAGAUUGUGACCAUUUUCUACGCCAUUAUGGGUAUUCCGUUGACCGUCCUCUGUUGGUCGAACAUCGGUGAUGCCAUGGCCAAUGCCUUCAGGUUCUGUUACUGGAGAAUUUUUUGCUAUUUGUGUACAAAAAAGCCCAGAAAACGUCGGAGGCGACCCAUGAGUCGACCUCAACGAUCAAUGUCCAUGCGAAGUCCAGCCAGAGGUCAAUCCCUUCGACGAUCUCAAAGAACGAGUCAGAAAUCUGAUGAUACUGCUCGAACAGACAGUACAUUGUCAUAUUCGGAGGCAGAGAGAUGCUAUGAGGAAUCCAUGAACAAAGACAUCAUCGACAAAAACAUCCCGACCAAGAAAAAUGACAAGCCAAGGGAUCUGGACAUGGACAUGGCCAACCAAAACGAGAUGACUCCCGCUCCCGAGAAAAAGAUGUCCACGGCAUCCAAGAUAUCCCGGGGUCUGGGCCUGAGACGAAGUGAUCGUGAAUCUCAAAAGUCGCAAAAGAGCAACCAUUCCAUGGGAAUGGACUCCGUUCAAUCCGCCACGGUAUCAGGUGGAACCUUACCUAAUCGAGGGUUGACGAUGCGCCAAUUUUCCGCUCCUAACGUUCGUCUGGAUCGCGUUCCCGAGGACGAUUGGCUGGCGGCUGAUCCUUAUUACUACGACGAUUACUACAGCGAAGAUGAACAAGAUGACUAUUCCCGGAAGUCCGUGCCCAUUUGGUUGUCUUUACUCUUGGUCGUGGCUUACAUUGUUUGGGGAUCCUACAUUUUUAGAGACUGGGAGGGUUGGUCGUUGUUGGAUAGCGCCUAUUUUUGCUUCAUCACGUUGACCACCAUCGGUUUUGGUGAUCUGGUGCCCAAUCAGCAGAGCGAAGACGGCGAGGUCCGGAUAGCUUUGUGCUCAUUGUAUUUGCUCUUUGGCAUUGCCAUGAUAGCCAUGAGCUUCAAUUUGGUCCAGGAACAAGUCAUCAACAACGUGAAGGAUCUGGGGAAGCAGCUUGGUAUUCUCAAGGACGAUGAUGAAGACGAAGAUUAUUGAGACGGUUUUAAUCCAACACGAUGACUUGGUCAAUGAAUAAUUGAGCACAUUUCUUCUUGCGC